AUGUCGCUUAUUCUGAAGUCAAUAUGUUUAAUAUAUUUUCUGUUGCAAGACCUGCACAUUAUUGUCACGGCAAAAAGAGUCAGAAAUUCUGCAGAUACAAAUAUUAUACUUAAAGUACCACCUUGCAAAAAAAAGAUACCCGCAAAUGGAAUUGUGCGUGUUAUUGAAUAUAUAAUUCCAAAGUCAACUAACAAACACAAACAUAAACCCGAGAAGAAGAAGAAGCGAAACAUUAUCAAAUCAAUCCUGAAGAAGCCCAGUACAAGAACCUUAAUCAAUUUGCGACAUGCGCCAAAUUCGACAAAUCCAACCAAUUUUCUGAUGAAAGUGAGAGAGAACAACACGAUCAUCUGCACGGGAUCGCUGAUAACAACGAGUUUAGUGCUAAGCUCAACAAGUUGUUUUCCCAAUAACCCGCUCCCCUCGCACUAUCAACUUGAAGAUAGCAGCAAUCAGGAACAUCUCGUAGAUCAGCUAUUUCUGGGCACAUCAUUGGGCUUUGAGCUGGCCAUAAUGCGGCUGCCCGAGGACAUCGAAGAUCCUUUAAUACAACCAGUUCCACUUUGCAACAGGCAACUCAGCUAUCAGGAUAGUGUUAACAUGUACAUGACAAAGUUACGUGUCAAUUUUCUGCGUACUCAGAUCGUUGAGAAUGCGAUCUGUAAACAAAGUUAUUUGCAAAACGAGUUUGCCUACAUAACGGAGAAUAUGAUAUGCGUUCAAAAUUCGAAUGUUGCCAAGGAUUGCGAGCUAACAACCAAAGGAGAUCCUUUGCUGCGCGAGGGACAACUGUGUGGCGUCAACAUUUAUGGUCCAAAUUGUGUUGAGGGCGCCAUUAAUGGAGAUCUCUAUGUGAACAUCUUCAGAGCACUUGAUUUCAUCGAACAGGCACAGGCGAAAUUUAAAUAGAUUCACAGAAGCAAUCAAUCAAUAUGCAAUAUAAAUAAAUUUUUUUUAAAUAAAUGAUUUCUUGAUUUGACAAAAAAA